UCAUGAACGCAGCACACGUCGUCGCUCCGAGAUGACGUCAGCCAAACAACACAAUUAAAGAACCGCCUGAGAGAUUGUUACUCUUUAUGUCUUUAUGUCUUUAUGAUACAGGAACAACUCUAAAAUACAUAAAGACACGAUACCGACAACAGUCAUGUCUGUGAACUAUGCUGCUGGACUCUCACCGUACGCAGACAAAGGUGUUUGUGGACUUCCAGAGGUGUUUGACGGUCCUGAGGAGGUAAAGGCGAAGGUGGAGACGCUCGCUCAGUUGAUAAAAGAGUCUCAGUUCUUGGUUGUCCACUCUGGAGCAGGAAUCAGCACCGCAUCAGGCAUCCCCGACUUCAGGGGUCCAAAGGGUGUAUGGACGUUAGAACAACAGGGUGAGUCGCCUCGCUUUGACACUACAUUUGAAGAUGCCCGACCCAGCUUGACUCACAUGGCCCUCCUGGGACUGCAGAGGGCCGGCUACCUCAAGUAUCUCGUCAGCCAGAAUGUGGACGGACUACAUGUCCGAUCAGGCUUCCCCAGGGAUGUGCUAUCAGAGCUCCAUGGAAACAUGUUUGUGGAGGAGUGUGAGAAGUGUGGCAGGCAGUAUGUCAGAGACAAAGUGAUCGGUGUGAUGGGACUGAAACCGACAGGACGUUACUGUGAUGUGGUGCGAUCCAGGGGACUCAGAGCCUGCAGAGGAAAGCUGAUAAGCACCAUACUGGACUGGGAGGAUGCUCUUCCUGACGGAGACCUGAACAAAGCAGAGGAUGCCAGCAGACGAGCAGACCUGGCGCUGACGCUCGGCACGUCCCUGCAGAUCAAACCCAGUGGAGACCUUCCACUUCUCACCAAGCGCAAAGGAGGAAAACUGGCCAUCGUCAACCUGCAGGCCACGAAACACGACAAACAUGCGCACCUGCGUAUCAGUAGUUACGUGGACGAUGUCAUGAAACAGGUGAUGGAGCUGCUGGGAUUGGACAUCCCAAAGUGGGAGGGUCCGACUGUCUGCGAGAGCUCCAAAGCCACCUCUGAGUCCACCUCUGAUGUCAAACCACCACGAGCAGUCAGAUCGAAGAAGACGUUGAAAAAGGACCCAAUUAAGGAGGAGAGGAAAAGAGACACAACGGCACUAACAGACGACGGGAGUGUUAAGGAGGAGGUGGUCUCGGUAAAGAGGGAGAGAGCGGACUCCCCAGUGGAGAUUAAUGAGGAGAAAUAGCCGUAGGUAUUUUUUUCUCACAUCAACUUCACAACACAAACCCGCAUCCAGAAAUAAACUUUACAACUGGAGGUAUUCGGUUUGAUCAGUUUCAGAGGACAGAGGAUUUUUCCUCAUCUUACACCCUCUGGAGCAAAGACUCUUCUAGUACUGUACUGGUUUUGUUAAUCCCAUAUUUUUUGCAGCCACGAUGAACAGCGAUGUGAAACUGACUCCUCGGCUAAAAGCUCAAAAAUUGACCUCCUUCAUAAAGCAAAAUUAGCUAAGUGAUUGUGUCCAGGGUAAAAGGAUGACCCAAUACAUGGCGUUAGGAAGACAACGAGAAGAGAUCUGGAGCACACAGUUAUAAAUAAAGCUUUAAUAAGGUGUGUAAGGUUGUUGCACCUUAUUAAUAAAAGCUUUAUUUAUAACCACGCGCUCCACAUCUCAUCCCUACAGAUCUGGCCUUUAAAGACACCUUGGUUCGAUCCUUCACGAGAAGAGAUAACAAGUGAGCAUCUCUGAGUCUGAUUGACUAGUAGCCUCAUACAGCUGGAGGAAAUUGUAGGUCAAACCUGUGCUUCUCUCAUUGUACAAACAAAUUAUGUUUCUCUGCCGAGAUGUUUAACUCCGCCUGACUGUCUACAUAAAUGGAGCGUCUGCUGGUUAUAAAUGGACCAUAAUCACACCGUACGUUUCUAGGAAAAUGUUUUUAUCUCAGGAAAAAAAGGGGCAUUGUACUCUGACGGAAAAAGUAUCUUUAUUGUUUUACACAUACACACUUGAGUUUUGGCAAUAAACACAAUCCGUUCCUGGUAGAA